AUGUCUAAAAAUUUAUGCAAAUAUUUAUUCCUUUGGUCUGACCAAAGAAAUGAUGAAAUUUCAUGUCCCACCAGCAUAUCUCGAUUUCCAUCUACGUCAAGGAAAAAUGUUUUAUUGAGACGCAUGGUUUGUCAUUUUUCAAAUGUAAGCAUGUCAAUGAAAAUCAGCAUUUGGUUUAAUGACAUGGAAUGUGAUAGCAAUUUGAUAUGCUUCGGAAAAGUAGUUUCAAAUUCAAAGCAAAAUCUGAAAGCAUCGAAAUGGAAGAAGCCUGGUUGGUUCCUCCAUCAUUUAUUCAUCUGAAUUAACUCACAUGUAUCAGUGAAUAAAUUUUCCAGUC